AUGGACCCAGGUGGUGGAAGUCUUGGAUUGCACACAUCAGAAUCUAGAAUGGCCCAUACCAUGAUUAUGCAGGAUUUUGUGGCUGGAAUGACUGGUACUGCACAUAUUGAUGGAGACCAUAUUGUUGUCUCAGUUCCUGAAGCGGUAUUAGUUUCUGACGUUGUCACAGAUGAUGGCAUAACUCUUGAUCAUGGCCUUGCAGCUGAAGUUGUCCAUGGGCCUGAUAUCAUCACAGAGACUGAUGUAGUAACAGAAGGUGUGAUUGUUCCUGAAGCUGUACUUGAAGCUGAUGUUGCCAUUGAAGAAGAUUUAGAGGAAGAUGAUGGUGAUCAUAUCUUGACUUCUGAGCUGAUUACAGAAACUGUUAGGGUACCUGAGCAGGUUUUUGUAGCUGACCUUGUUACCGGUCCUGAUGGACACUUAGAACAUGUGGUCCAAGAUUGUAUUUCAGGAGUUGACUCUCCCACCAUGGUAUCAGAGGAGGUUCUUGUAACUAAUUCGGAUACAGAAACUGUGAUUCAAGCAGCUGGUGGUGUACCUGGUUCUACAGUUACUAUAAAAACUGAAGAUGAUGAUGAUGAUGAUGAUGAUGAUGUCAAGAGCACUUCUGAAGACUACUUAAUGAUAUCUUUGGAUGAUGUUGGAGAGAAACUAGAACAUAUGGGAAACACACCAUUAAAAAUCGGCAGUGAUGGCUCACAAGAUGUUAAAGAAGAUGAAUUUGGUUCAGAAGUAAUAAAAGUGUAUAUAUUUAAAGCUGAGGCUGAAGAUGAUGUCGAAAUAGGUGGAACAGAAAUUGUCACAGAGAGUGAGUACACCAAUGGACAUUCUGUAGCUGGAGUGCUUGACCAGAGCCGAAUGCAGCGGGAGAAGAUGGUUUACAUGGCAGUUAAAGAUUCUUCUCAAGAAGAUGAUAUCAGAGAUGAAAGAAGAGUUUCCCGAAGGUAUGAAGAUUGUCAAGCAUCAGGAAAUAGUUUGGACUCAGCACUAGAAAACAGAAGUAGCACAGCAGCACAGUACCUUCAAAUUUGUGAUAGCAUUAAUACGAAUAAAGUACUUAAACAAAAAGCCAAGAAGAGGAGAAGGGGAGAAACCAGGCAGUGGCAAACAGCUGUUAUAAUAGGUCCUGAUGGACAGCCCUUGACAGUAUACCCUUGCCACAUUUGCACAAAAAAGUUUAAAUCCAGGGGAUUCUUGAAAAGACACAUGAAAAAUCAUCCUGAUCAUUUGAUGAGAAAAAAAUAUCAGUGUACAGAUUGUGACUUUACAACAAACAAGAAAGUGAGUUUCCACAACCACUUAGAAAGCCAUAAGCUUAUAAACAAAGUUGACAAAACCCAUGAAUUUACAGAAUACACACGAAGAUACAGAGAGGCUAGUCCAUUGAGUUCAAAUAAACUUAUAUUAAGAGACAAGGAGCCGAAGAUGCACAAGUGCAAAUACUGUGACUAUGAAACUGCAGAACAAGGACUAUUGAACAGACAUUUGCUGGCUGUUCACAGUAAAAAUUUUCCUCAUGUUUGUGUUGAGUGUGGGAAGGGCUUUCGACAUCCUUCUGAACUAAAGAAGCAUAUGAGAACCCAUACUGGUGAGAAGCCAUAUCAAUGUCAGUAUUGUGUCUUCAGGUGUGCAGAUCAAUCAAAUCUGAAAACUCACAUUAAGUCUAAACAUGGUAACAAUUUACCAUAUAAAUGUGAGCACUGUCCUCAAGCAUUUGGUGAUGAGAGGGAGCUUCAGCGUCAUCUGGAUUUGUUUCAAGGACACAAGACACACCAAUGUCCUCAUUGUGACCAUAAGAGCACCAACUCAAGUGACCUUAAGCGGCACAUCAUAUCUGUCCAUACUAAGGAUUUUCCUCACAAAUGUGAGGUCUGUGAUAAAGGUUUCCAUCGUCCUUCUGAGCUCAAAAAGCAUAGUGAUAUCCAUAAGGGUAGGAAGAUUCAUCAGUGUAGGCACUGUGACUUUAAAACAUCAGAUCCAUUUAUUCUUAGUGGUCAUAUCCUUUCAGUUCAUACUAAGGAUCAGUCAUUGAAGUGUAAAAGGUGUAAGAGAGGAUUCAGACAACAAAAUGAGCUCAAAAAGCAUAUGAAGACCCAUACUGGAAGGAAGAUCUACCAGUGUGAGUAUUGUGAAUAUAGCACUACAGAUGCAUCUGGCUUUAAACGACAUGUGAUAUCAAUACAUACAAAAGACUAUCCACACAGGUGUGAAUUCUGCAAGAAGGGAUUCAGAAGACCAUCAGAAAAAAAUCAACAUAUUAUGAGGCACCACAAGGAGGCUCUUAUGUAAGAGCAAUAUGAAGAAAAAAGCUAUUUAGAAGAUAUGUUAAUUGGGAGGUAAAUCUCAUGAACUGUUUCAUCUGGUUUCAAAGCUUGAUAUUAAAUCAUAACUUUACAUUCUUUGUAUUAAAGAUCUUAAAAUAUUUGAAUUGACAGGGGAUCUCAUAGCCCUUCGAAAAUUACUUAAAGAAUUUUAGAAGCACCAUAGAAUGGUUGCAGUAAACUUAAGUGUUUAUUUAAUAGUAUUAUAUGCAUAGUUAAACUACAGAAGGGAAAAGCAAAGACAUAUACUUUAUUUGGCUGAUCAUACUAGAGAUAAAUGUUUCUGAAAAGAGAAUACAAUGAGUACAUAAUGAAUUUAGCAAUGCCUUGAUGUGGCAAGC